ACUCUAGUUGCGCCUUCAAAGUUCGUUGUCUAUAAAGAGAGGAAAAAAUUGAUCAAUGCCACUUUAAUCCCAAUGUGGAAACCCUAGUUCCUCAUUCUGGAGAGAAAAAGCUGCUUCCACCAUCGAUUUAGGUUUUCCUUCCGAUUUUGCCGCGAUGACAGCCAAAGCAUCACUGAUCGAGUCUCCGAUUCCUCCUUCUACUGUUGUUUCACAAGAAUUCGCAGAUAAUCCGCAGCAACAAGACAAGAAGAUGAAGAACAUACCUUGGGCUCAAAUCGUUCGUGGUGAUACCGAGGAGGAAAAAGAAAUGCCAUUGACCCCGCCGUCACCGCCGCCAUCGCCGCCAGUUGAGCCGAUAAAGGAGGAACCCAUAACUUUGCCCGACAUUCAUAUCGAAGUCUCCGCCCCCGCCGCUGCUGAUACAGGCAAUGCUGAUUCUCCGAAGAAGUCGCCUUGGAAUAAACCAGUCAAUGGGGUUGUUGGGGUUUCAUCUGUGAUUGGCGGCGUCACCUUUUGGCCUGCUCUUUCCGAUUCAUCUGCUGUUUCUGUUGCGAAAUCUACCGUGGAAUCCACCAUCAAGCCUGUAUCUGGAAAUCAGCCUGUCUCCAAUUCUAAGGAACCUGUUGUAGUUCCCCCAAAGCAAACUAAUACUAAUCGCAAUUCCAACCCUGCACCAAACAACAAGGCUGCUGAUCGCCAUAGAUGGAAUAAUAGGCGUCAUGGGAAUCAUGGUCAUCAUGGUUUCAGGAAUGGUCAUCAUAGCUAUGGCCGUCCAAUGCCAACCCCAUCACUACCUUCACCUCCACCCCCACCUCCGCCACCACCUCCACCACCAUUCCCAUGUUUUGAAUUACCAUAUGGGCCUUACUUUCCAAUGAUGGACAAUCCAAGAGGUUUUCCAAUUGAUCAGUCUUUUAGGAGGGUGAAUUUUGUGUCUCAUCAACGUGGAGAGGGCUCUCGUUUGAACCAAGAUCGUAACUGGAGUGCUGCUCGAUACUCCUUUGUUAGGGAUCCUCGCAUUGGUAGGCCAUUUGUUCCUAUUAGGGGUUUCAUGAGAUCACCAAUACCACCCCCUCCUCCGCCACCACCCAUGGGACCUUUUGGAAAUCCCAUUAGGCUUGAUGCAGGACCUCCAUUCUUGUACUAUUCACCAGUGCCAUUUUACGGUCCUGCACCAAUGCCACCACCACCGCCCCCUCCACCUCGUGUGUUUUAUCCAGUUAUGGAUCCUUCUUUUGUGGCGUCACUGGUCAGCCAAAUAGACUAUUAUUUCAGUGAAGAUAAUCUAGUCAAAGAUCAUUACUUGAGGACGAAUAUGGAUGACUAUGGCUGGGUCCCUGUUACAUUAAUCGCUGGAUUUCCUAGAGUGAAGAAACUAACCGAUGAUACUGAUCUGAUAUUGGACUCAUUGAGAGCCUCCACAGUGGUGGAAAUUAAGGAUGGGAAAGUGAGGAGCAAUGAUUGGAAGAGAUGGGUAUCCCAUACGACCGGGAUUACAAGUAACAGUAGCAGGAUUGAGGAAAAGGGAAUCGGUUCAUCUUCUUCUCCAGAUGUCUGUGUAGUAGCUGAAGAGAUGGCUGCUAAUCUGAAACUUGAAGAAGGAGAAUCUUCUUCAACCUAGGCUAGGGAUAUGGAUACAGAGCUCUCAAUUGGUCAUUCUUUUUUCUCAGAGAAGAAAAAAGGGUACCAAUGUGGAUCUUGUGCACAAAACAUAAACAAUUACUAAGAUACUUUUUAUGCAGAAGCAUCAAAGGGCGGAUGCAAUAGAAAAAGAAAACGGUUUGGAUUUUAUUGGAUUGAAUUGGAUUUGCGGUGAAUGAGCUGCUGACUUGUUUUUUAUAUUUAUUUUCGAUGACUUGUUCAUGUCCUUCUUCUGAUGGUACAGUUUGGUAACUUCGAUAUGAUUUGGUUCAUACUAUGGAAGGAAUGGAGUUUUGUCUGAUCUGUGUUUUUCUU